UUUGAUUAGAUUUCACAAAGCUCUGGCAGAGCUUACAGAAUUGAGCUAGCUAUCUAAGAUUUAGGACACGAAAAUUGAAGCAAAACUACACAAGAUAUUUAUUUCUUGUUGAAUUCACCAAUAUUCUUUAUGCAAUUUCACCCUCUACCGAGUAGGUCACGCGUGCAACAUGGAAGCUGAAACCAAUUCUCCAGAAGAUGCAUCUGCUAUGGCAUUUGGUCAACACCAAGUGACAGACCAAACAAGUGUAGAAAAUGUGCAGCCAGCUGAAACCCUGAUUGAAGUGAAGAACCAGGAGAACACAAAUAUAAAGCAUCCAAAUUUGGAAGGAGAGACUACAGAAAUAAACCCAACUAAUGACACCAAAGAACAAGAAAAGGUUCCAGUGUCACACACUCGAGAAGAGAUAGAGAAUGAGGAUGAUGGGAAAUACAAACAAAAGAAAGCAAAAGAGACAGAAGAAGCAACCGAAAUGCAGUUAUUAAAAACUGCAACAGACAGUCCACCUGAGGAUAAUGUCCAGUCAACAGUGCCCACUUCUGAAAUUGUCAAAGGUGAAACUGAGGAAAUCUCACAGCAACAAACAUAUAAAAAUGAUGAAACAGUAGUGAUUGACACUGACAAGACAACAUUGCAACAAGGAAUAGAGGAUGGUGGCAAUUUUGAUCAACAAGAAGCAACAAAAAUACAGUUACUGAAUGAAGAAGUCAAGACAACAUUACCCACUCCUGCCUUUGUCCAAGUUGAUACUGAUCAAAUUUCACAGCAACAAUCACUGCAUAAUGAUGAAUCCAAAGCGAUUGUUAAUGGCAAGGGCUGCAUACCUGAAAUUGAACAUGACAGAGAGUACACUGUUGCUGAGGAACCUGAACAACCUGAAACCAAGGACAAUGUCAGCAUAGCACAAGAAGAAAAAGCAGACCACCAAUCAGAAGAGUCAAGCCUGCAGAGUGUCAUUACAAAUUAUAUCACCGCAGAAGGACCUGUCACAUCACAAAGCAUCACAAAAUUAAGCGAUGAUGCUGACAAUGAUGAACAGAAGACAGUAGAAUCAUGCUCGGCAAACAAUUUACAAAACAAGGAUGCAAGAGAAAUUAUAGCAGAGGAAGCAACAGAUGCCAAACAAUCAACUGAUGUGGAUAUACCAAAGUCAGAAACCAAAGACAUGCCUGAAGAUAAAGCCCUGCAAACAAUACCCAACACAACAUCAGUCGGAAAUGAAGCAAUUGAUGACAGUAGUCAAGAAGAGAGACAGCCAGAAGCAGAAUUUACAGAGAAAUUUAACAAAGAGUUGCAGGCGCCACACUAUGAUACUGAGGAACAAAAGGUUCCAGCAUCUCAUGCAAAGGAAAAACUAGGGGUCGAGGAUGGUGGCAAAUUCAAUCAAGAAGCAAAAGGUAUUGAAGAAGCAACAAAAAUGCAAUUACCAGAGGAAGAAGUCCGGACAACAUUGCCCACUCCUGCCUUUGUCGAAGGUGAUACUGAUCAAAUUUCACAGCCACAAACACUGCACGAUGAUGAAUCAGAAGCGAUUGAUAAUGCCAAGAGUUCCAUUCCAGAAAUUGAACAUGACAGAAAUUAUACUUUUGUUGAGGAACCUGAACAACCUGAAACCAAGGACAACAUCGGCAUAGUAAAAGAAGAACCAGCAAGCCACCAAUCUGAAGAAUCAAGCGUGCAGAGUAUCAAUACAAAUUGUAUAACAGCAGAAGGACAUCUCACAUUAGAAAGCAGCACAAAAUUAACAGAUAAUGUUGACCCCAAUGAACAGAAGACAGUAGAAUCAUGCUCAGUGGAGAACUUAUACAACCAGGAUGCAACUGAAAUCGCAGCAGAGGAAGCAACAGAUGCAAAACAAUCAACUGAUGUGGAGACAACUCAAUUAGAAACCGAAGGUGCGUAUGAAGAUAAAUCCCUGCAACCAACACUUGACGAAGCAUCGAUCGGAGACAAUACAGUUGUUGAGAGAAGUCAAGAUGAAAGACAGCCAGAAGCAGAAUUUAAAGAGAAGAUUAACCUAGAGAUGAAGACUCCACAAAAUGAUACCAAGGAGACGGCAGAAAUAAAUACCAAUGAUACUGAGAAACAGGAAGAGGUUCCAGCAUCUCAGGCCAAAGAGAAAAUAGGGAUUGAGGAUGACGGCAAAUUCAAUCAAGAAGAAGCAAAAGGGAUUGAAGAAGCAAUAAAAGCACAGUUACCAGAGGAAGAAGUCAAGACAGCAUUGCCCACUGCUGCCUUUGUCCAAGGCGAUACUGAUCAAAUACCACAGCAGCAAACACUGCAGGAUGAUGAUUCAGAAGUGAUUGGUAUUGCGAAGAACAUCGACACUCCAGAAAUUGAAAGUGGCGGAAGGUCCACUGUUGUUGAGGAACCUGAACAACCCGAAAACAUGGACAACAUCGGCGUGGUGAAAGAAGAACAAGCAGACCACCAAUCGGAAGAAUCGAGCGUGUCGAAUGUCAGUACAAAACACACAACAGUGGAAGGACACGACACAUCAGAAAGCAGCACAAAAUUAACUGGUGAUUUCAAUGGUGAUGAACACACAAUAGUAGACACGCGCUCAGAAGAGAAUUUAGAGAACAAGAAUGCAAGUGAAAUUAAAGCAGAGAAAGAAACAGAUGCAAAUCAAUCGACCGAUGUGAAGACUCAAAAGACAGACAACGAAGGUGUGCAUGGAGAUGAAUCCCUGCAACCAACACUUGACGAAGCAUCCAUCGGAAACGAAAUAGUUGUUGAGAGUAGUCAAGAUGAGAGACAGCAAGAAGAGGAAUUUACAGAAAAGUUUAAUGAAAAGUUGAAGACUCCACAAAAUGAUACCGAGGAGACUGCAGAAACAAACACCAAUGAUACUGAGAAACAAGGGAUUGAGGAUGAUGGAAAAUUCGAUCAAGAAAAAGCGAAAGGGAUUGAAGAAGCAACAAAAGAACAGUUACCAGAGGAAGAAGUCAAGACAGCAUUGCCCACUGCUGCCUUUGUCCAAGGCGAUACUGAUCAAAUACCACAGCAGCAAACACUGCCGGAUGAUGAUUCAGAAGUGAUUGGUAUUGCGAAGAACAUCGACACUCCAGAAAUUGAAAUUGGCGGAAGGUCCACUGUUGUUGAGGAACCUGAACAACCCGAAAACAUGGACAACAUCAGCGUGGUGAAAGAAGAACAAGCAGACCACCAAUCGGAAGAAUCGAGCGUGUCGAAUGUCAGUACAAAACACACAACAGCGGAAGGACACGACACAUCAGAAAGCAGCACAAAAUUAACUGGUGAUUUCAAUGGUGAUGAACACACAAUAGUAGACACGCGCUCAGAAGAGAAUUUAGAGAACAAGAAUGCAAGUGAAAUUAAAGCAGAGAAAGAAACAGAUGCAAAUCAAUCGACCGAUGUGAAGACUCAAAAGACAGACAACGAAGGUGUGCAUGAAGAUAAAUCCCUGCAACCAACACAUGAUGAAACAUCGAUCGGAAACGAAACAGUUGCUGAGACUAGUCGAGAUAAGAGACAACCAGAAGCAGAAUUUAAAGAGAAAAUUAACGAAGAGGUGAAGACUCCACAAAAUGAUAUUGAGGAGACUGUGGAAAUAAACACAAAUGAUACUGAGAAACAGGAAGAGGUUCCAGCAUCUCACGCCGACGAGAAACAAGGGAUUGAGGAUGAUGGCAAAUUCGAUCUAGAAGAAGCGAAAGGGAUUGAAGAAGCAACAAAAGCACAGUUACCAGAGGAAGAAGUCAACACAACAUUGCCCAUUACUGCCUUUGUCCAAGGCGAUACUGAUCAAAUACCACAGCAGCAAACACUGCAGGAUGAUGAUUCAGAAGUGAUUGAUAUUGCCCUGAAAAUCGACACUUCAGAAACUGAACUUGCUGGAAGGUCCAACAUUGUUGAGAAACCUGAACAACCUGAAAACAAGGACAACAUUGGCGAGGUGAAAGAAGAACAAGCAGACCACCAGUCAGAAGAAUUGAGCGUGUCGAAUGUCAGUACAAAUUAUAUAACACCGGAAGGACAUGUCACAUCAGAAUGCAGCACAAAAUUAACAGGUGAUGUCGAUGUCGAUGGACGGACAAUAGUAGUCACGUGCUCGGAAGAAAAUUUAGAGAACAAGGAUGCAUGUGAAAUUACUUCAGAGAAAGAAACAGAUGCAAAUCAAUCAACUGAUGUGGAGAUACCAAAGACAGAAGCCAAAGGUGUAUAUGAAGAUAAAUCCCUGCAACCAACACUUGACGAAGCAUUGAUUGGAAACGAAACAGUUGCUGAGAGUAGUCGAGAUGACAGACAGCCAGAAGCAGAAUUUACAGAGAAGAUUAAUGAAGAGGUGAAGCCUCCACAAAAUGAUAAGGAGGAAACUGCAGAAAUAAACACAAAUGGUACUGAGAAACAGGAAGAGAUUCCAGCAUCUCAGGCCGAGGAGAAACUAGGGAUUGAGGAUGAUGGAAAAUUUGACCAAGAAGAUGCAAAACAGAUUGAAGAAGCAACAAAAACACGGUUACCAGAGGAAGAAGUCAAGAAAACAUUGCCCACUGCUGCCUCUGUCCACGGCGAUACUGAUCAAAUACCACAGCAGCAAACACUGGAUGAUGAUGAUUCAGAAGUGAUGGAUAUUGCAAAGAACAUCGACACACCAGAAAUUGAACUUGGUGGAAGGUCCACUGUUGUUGAGGAACCUGAACAAUCCGAAACAAAGGACAAUGUUGGUGUGGUGAAAGAAGAACAAGUAGACCACCAGUCAGAACAAUUGAGCAUUUCAAAUGUCAUUACAAAUUAUACAAUACUGGAAGGACACAUCACAUCAGAAAGCAGCACAAAAUUAACUGGUGAUGUUGACGUCGAUGGAUGGACAAUAGUAGUCACACGUUCAAAAGAGAAUUUAGAGAACAAGGAUGCAUGUGAAAUUACAGCAAAGAAAAAAACAGAUGCAAAUCAACCAACCGAUGUGGAGAUACCAAAGACAGAAACCAAAGGUGUGCAUGAAGAUAGAUCCGUGCAACCAAUACCUGAUGAAACAUUGAUUAGCAACGAAACAGUUGCUGAGAGUGAUCAAGAUGAGAGACAGCCAGAAGCAGAAUUUACAGAGAAGAUUAACGAUGAGGUGAAGACUCCACAAAACGAUACUUUGGAGACUGCAGAAAUAAAUAAAAAUGAUACUGAGAAACAGGAAGAGGUUCCAGCAUCUCACGCUGAGGAGAAACGAGGGAUUGAGGAUGAUAGCAAAUUCGAUCCAGAAGAAGCAAAAGGGAUUGAAGAAGGAACACAAACACAGUUACCAGAGGAAGAAGUCAACACAACAUUGCCCACUGCUGCCUGUGUCCAAGGCGAUACUGAUGAAAUACCGCAGCAGCAAACACUGCAAGAUGAUUAUUCAGAAGUGAUUGAUAUUGCAAAGAGCAUCGACACUCCAGAAAUUGAACUUGGCGGAAGGUCCACUGUUGUUGAGGAACCUGAACAACCCGAAAAUGUGGACAACGUCGGUGAGGUGAAAGAAGAACAAGCAGGCCACCAAUCAGAAGAAUUGAGUGUGUCGAAUGUCAGUACAAAUUAUACAACACCGGAAGGACACAUCACAUCAGAAAGCAACACAAAAUUAACUGGUGAUGUCGAUGUCGAUGGACGGACAAUAGUGGUCACGCACUCAGAAGAGACUUUAGACAACAAGGAUGAUUGCGAAAUUACAGCAGAGAAAGAAACAGAUGCAAAUCAAUCAACUGAUGUGGAUAUACCAAAGACACAAACCGAAGGUGUGCAUAAAGAUAAAUCCCUGCAACCAACACAUGACGAAGCAUCAAUCGGAAACGAAACAGUUGCUGAGAGUAGUCGAGAUGAGAGACAGCCAGAAGCAGAACUUACAGAGAAGAUUAACGAAGACGUGAAGUCUCCACUAAAUGAUACUGAGGAGACUGCAGAAAUAAACAAAAAUGAUACUGAGAAACAGAAAGAGAUUCCUGCAUCUCACACCGAGGAGAAACUAGGGAUUGAGGAUGAUGGCAAAUUUGAUCAAGAAGAUGCAAAACAGAUUGAACAAGAAACAAAAACACAGUUACCAGAGAAAGAAGUCAAGACAACAUUGCCCACUACUGCCUUUGUCCAAGGCGAUACUGAUCAAAUACCACAGCAGCAAACACUGCAUGAUGAUGAUUCAGAAGUGAUUGAUAUUGCAAAGAACAUUGACACUCCAGAAAUUGAACUUGGCGGAUGGUCCACUGUUGUGGAGGAACCCGAACAACCCGAAAAAACCGACAACAUCGGCGUGGUGAAAGAUGUAAAAGCAGACCACCAAUUUGAAGAAUCUAACGUGUUGAAUGGAAGUACAAAUUAUACAACACCGGGAGGACACAUCACAUCAGAAAGCAGCAAAAACUCAACUGGUGAUGUGGACAUCGAUGAACAGAUAAUAGUAGACACGUGCUCAGAAGGGAAUUUAGAGAACAAGUAUGCAAGCGAAAUUACAGCAGAGAAAGAAACAGAUGCAAAUCAAUUGACCGAUGUGGAGAUACCAAAGACAGAAACCGAAGGUGUACAUGAAGAUAAAUCCCUCCAACCAACACUUGACGAAACAUCUAUUGGAAACGAAAUAGUUGUUGAGAGUAGUCAAGAUGAGAGAGAGGAAGAAGAGGAAUUCACAGAAAAGUUAAAUGAAGAGGUGAAGAUUCCACAAAAUGAUACCGAGGAGACUGGAGAAAUAAACACCAAUGAUACUGAGAAACAGGAAGAGGAUCAAGCAUCACACGCCAAGGAGAAACUAGGGAUUGAGGAUGAGGGACAAUUAUAUCAAGAAGAAGAAAAAGGGAUUAAAGAAGCAACAGAACCACAGUUCCCAGAGGAAGAAGUCAAGAUAACAUUGCCCACUGCUGCCUUUGUCCAAGGCGAUACUGAUCAAAUACCGCAGCAACAAACACUGCACAAUGAUGAAUCAGAAGCGAUUGAUAUUGCAAAGAAAAUCGACACUCCAGAAAUUGAACUUGACAGAAGGUCCACUGUUGUUGAGGAACCUCAACAAUCUGAAAACAAGGACAACGUUGGCGUGUUGGAAGAAGAACAAGCAGACCACCAAUCAGAACAAUCGAGCAUUUCGAAUGUCAGUACAAAUUAUACAAUACCGGAAGGACACGCCACAUCAGAAAGCAGCACAAAAUUAACUGGUGAUGUCAACGCCGAUGAACAAACAAUAGUAGACACACGCUCAGAAGAGAAUUUAGAGAACAAGGACACAAGAGAAACUACAGCAGAGAAAGAAACAGAUGCAAAUCAAUCGACUGAUGUGGAGAUACCAAAGACAGAAACCGAAGGCAUGCAUGAAGAUAAUUCCCUGCAACCAACACUUGAUGAAGCAUCGAUCGGAAACGAAACAAUUGCUGAGAGUAGUCAAGAUGAGAGACAGACAGAAGAGGAACUUACAGAAAAGUUUAACGAAGAGGUGAAGACUCCACAAAAUGAUACCGAGGAGACUGCAGAAAUAAACACCAAUGACCCUGAGAAACAGGAAGAGGAUCCAGCAUCUCACGCUGAGGAGAAACUAGGGAUUGAGAAUGAUGGCAAAUUAGAUCAAGAAGAAGCAAAAGGGAUUGAAGAAGCAACAAAACCGCAGUUCCUAGAGGAAGAAGUCAAGACAACAUUGCCCACUACUGCCUUUGUCCAAGGCGAUACUGACCAAAUACAGCACCGACAAACACUGCAUGAUGAUGAAUCAGAAGCGAUUGACAUUGCAAAGAACAUACACACACUAGAAAAUGAACUUGGCAGAAGGUCCACUAUCGUUGAGGAACCUAAACAACCCGAAAACAAAGACAACAUCGGCGUGGUGAAAGAAGAACAAGCAGACAACCAAUCAGAACAAAUGAGCAUGUCGAAUGGAAGUACAAAUUAUACAAUACCGGAAGGACACGUCACAUCAGAAAGCAGCACAAAAUCAACUGGUGAUGUCGAUGUCGAUGAACGGACAAUAGUAGACACAUGCUUAGAAGAGAACUUAGAGAACAAGGAUGCAUGUGAAAUCACAGCAGGGAAAGCAACAGAUGGAUAUCAAUCAAUUGAUGUGGAGAUACCAAAGAAAGAAAUCGGAGGUGUGCCAGAAGAUAAAGCCCUGCAAGCAAUACCUGACACAGCAUCUAUCGGAAACAAAGCACUUGACGAGAGUAGUCAAGUGGAGAGACAGUCAGAAGCAGAAUUUACAGAGAAGUUUAACGAAGAAGUGCAGACACCAAAAUAUGAUACUGAGGAGACUGCAGAAAUAAACACCACCAUUGAUACUGAGAAACAAGAAGGGGUUCCUGCAUCUGAAGGCAAGGAGAAACUAGGGAUUGAGCAUGAUGGGAAACUUGAUCAAGAAGAAGCAAAAGGGAUUGAAGAAGCAACAAAAAUGCAGUUACCAGAGGAAAAGGUGCAGACAACAUUGCCCACUGCUGCCUUUGUCCAAGGUGAUGCUGAUCAAAUACCGCAGCAACAAACUCUGCAUGAUGAUGAAUCAGAAGCGAUUAACAUUGCCAAGAACAUAUGCACACCAGAAAUUGAACUAGACGAAAAGUCAACUGUUGAUGAGCAAUGUGAACAACCUGAAACCAAGGACAACAUCGGCAUAUUAAAACAACAAGCAGACCACCAAUCAGUACAAUCAAGUGUGCCAAGUGUCAUUACAAAUUAUGCAACAGCAGAAGGACAUGUUAAAUCAAAAAGCAGCACAAAAUUAACUGAUGAUGUCAAUGUCGAUCAACAGAAAACUGUAGACUCAUGCUCUAAAAAGAAUUUAGAGAACAAGGAUACAAGUGAAAUUUCAGCAAAGCAAGCAAUAGAUGCCAAACAAUCUACUGAUGCGGAGAUACCUAAGUCAGAAACUGAAGGUGUGCUUGAAGAUAAAGCCUUGCAAACAAUACUUGAUGAAGCAUUGGUCAAAAAUGAAGCAGUUGAUGAAAGUAGUCCAGAGGAUAGACAGCUAGAAGCAGAAUUUACAGAGAAGUUUAACGAAGAGGGGCAGACACCACAAUAUGAUAUUAAGGAGACUGCAGAAAUAAACACCACCAAUGCUACUGAGAAACAGGAAGAGGUUCCUGCAUCUAAUGCAAAGGAAAAUGUAGGGGUCGAGGACGAUAGCAAAUUCAAUCAAGAAGAAGCCAAAGGGAUUGAAGAAGCAACAAUAAAGCAGUUACCAGUUGAAGAAGUAGAGACAACAUUGCCCACUGAUUCCUUUGUCCAAGGUGAUACUGAUCAAAAACCGAAGCAACAAACACUGCACCAUGAUGAAUCAGAAGUUAUUGAUAUUGCUCAGAACAUCUACACACCAGAAAUUGAACUCGACCGAAAGUUCAUUGUGGUUGAGGAACCUGAACAACCUGAAACCAAGGACAUCGGCAUAGUAAAAGAAGAACAAGCAAACCACCAAUCACAAGAAUCAAGCAUGCAGACUGUCAUUACAAGUUAUACAACAGCAGAGGGACACGUCACAUCAGAAAGCACCACAAAAUUAACUGAUGAUGUCAACAUCUAUGAACAGAAAACAAUAAACGCACGCUCAAUAGAGGAUUUAGAGAACAGGGAUGCAAGUGAAAUUACAGCAGAGCAAGUAAGACAUACCAAACAAUCGACUGAUGGGGAGAUUCCAAAGUCAGAAACCAAAGGUGUGCCUGAAGAUAAAGCCUUGCAAACAAUACUUGACGAUGUAACGGAUGGAAAUGAAGCAGUUGAUCAGAGCCGUCAAGAGGCGAGACAGCCAGAACCAAAAUUUACAGAAAAGUUUAACGAAGAGGUGCAGACAACACCAUAUGAUACUGAGGAGACUUCAGAAAUAAAUGCCACUAAUGAUACUGAGAAACAAGAAAAGGUUCAGGCAUCUCACACCAAGGAGAAACUAGGGAUUGAGGAUGAUGGCAUAUUCUAUCAAGAAGAAGCAAAAGGGAUUGAAGAAGCAACAAAAAUGCAGUUACUGGAGGAAUUAGUCCAGACAACAUUGCCCACCGUUGCCUCUGUCGAAGGUGAUAUUGAUCAAAUUUCGCAGCAACAAACAUUGCAUGAUGAUGAAUCGGAAGCGAUUGAUAAUGCCAAGAGCUGCAUAUCAGAAAUUGAACCCGACAGAAAAUCUACUGCUGUUGAGGAACCUGAACAACCUGAAACCAAGACCAACACCGGCAUACCAAUAGAAGAAGAAGCAGACCAUCAAUCAGAAGAAUCAAGUGUGGAGAGUCUGAUUACAAAUUAUAUAACAGCAGAAGGACAUGUGAUAUCAGAAAGCAGCACAAAAUUAAGAGAUGAUGUCAACGUCAAUCAACAGAAGAGUGUAGAAUCAGGCUUGGUUGAGUUUUUAGAGAACAAGGAUGCAGGUCAUAUCAGAGUAGAAGGAACAUAUUCCAAACAAUUGACUGAUGCAGAGAUACAAAGUUCAGAAACAGAAGGUCCACAAGAGGAAGAAGUCCAUUCAAAAUUGCCUGCUGUAACUGUACAAGGUGAAUCUGAUCAAAACUUACAGCAACAAACACUUGAUGAUGAUGAAUCAGAAGCAAUCAAUAAUGCCAAGAGAUGCAUACCAGAAAAAGAACUUGAUAGAAUGUCCACUGUUGUUGAGGAACCUGAAACCAAUGCCAAUGUUGGCAUAGUAAAAGAAGAACAAUCAGACAACCAAUCGCAAGGAUCAAGCAUGCAAAAUAUGAUUGCAAAUUAUAUAACAGCAGAAGGACAUCUGGCAUCAGAAAGCAAUACAAAAUUAAAUUAUGAUGUGAAUGAACAGAAGAUAGUAGACUCACAGUCAGAAGAGAAUUUAGAGAACAAGGAUGCAAGUAAAAUCACCACAGAGGAAGCAACAGAUGCCAAACAAUUGACUGAUGUUGAGAUACAAAAAUUAGAAACCGAUGGUGUGCCUGAAAAUAACGCCAUGCAAACAUUACCCAACAUAGCAUUGGUCAGAGUCGAAGAAGUUCACGAUAGUAAGCAAGAAGAGAUACAACGAGAUGCAGAAUUUUCAGUGACAUUUACAAAAAAGAUGCAGACAACACAAUAUGAGUUUGACGCAAAAAAUGGCAUUCCUGAGGCAUAUGGGGAAAAGGACGAUACAUGCCAUCUCAAUGCAGAAAACGAACAGAAAUUAGAAUCCCAACCAGUAGCACAGAACAAGGGGACUACAUUCAUAAAUCAUCCGUAUCAGGAUGGAGAGACUGCAGAAAUGAACCCCACUAAUGGUAUUGAGGUAGAAAAGAUUCCAGCAAAUCAUGCCAAGGAGAAACUAGUGAUUGAGGAUGAUGGUAAAUUCAAUCAAGAAGAAGCAAAAGGGAUCGAAGAAGCAACAAAAACACUGUUACUAAAUACUGCAACAGAGAGCCUAACAGAGGAAGAAGUCCAGGAAAUAUUGCCCACUCCUGCAAUUGUCCAACGUGACACAAAGCAAAUCAUGCAACAACAAACACUUCACAAUGAUGAAUCAGAAGCAAUUGAUAAGGAAAAGAGCUGCAUACCAGAAAAUGAACUUGACAGAAAGUUCAUUGCUGUUGAGGAAUCUGAUCAACCUGAAACCAAGGCCAAUGCUGGCAUAGUAAAAGAAGAACAAGCAGACAACCAAUCACAAGUAUCAAGCAUGCAGAGUGUGAUUACAAACUAUAUAACAGCAGAAGGACAUCUGGCAUCAGAAAGCAGUACAAAAUUAAGUUUUAUGAAUGAACAGAAGACAGUAGACGCGUCAGUAGAGAAUUUAGAAAUCAAGGAUGCAAGUGAAAUCACAGCAGAGGAAGCAACAGAUGCCAAACAAUUGACUGAUGAGGAGAUACAAAAAUCAGAAACCGAAAGUGUGUAUGAAGAUAAGGCCCUGCAAACAUUACCCAGUACAGCAUCUGUCCGUAUUGAAGUUGAGAAAAGCAUUCAAGAGAUACAUACAGAAACAGAAUUAGCAGUGACAGAUACCAAAGAGGGGCAGAUAUCAGAAAAUGAGUCUGAGGCAAAAAAGGAAGUUUCUGAGUAUAUGUUAAAAAAGGCUUUUGAUCUGCACAAAGUGGCAUGCCAGACCGGUGCAGAAAAUGAACUGAAAGCUGAAUUCCUAUCUGAAGAGCGGAGCCAGGAAACUAUAGUUACAAAGCAUCCAAAUUUGGAAGGAGAGAGCAUAGAGAUAAACCCAACAAGUGAAACUGAAGAACAUGAACAGGUACCAGCAUCACACACCGGAGAGAAAUUAGAGAUCAACGAUGAUGGGAAUUUCAUACAAGAGGAAGAAAAAGAGAUGGAAAAAGAAACUGAAAGGCAGUUGCUUAAAACUGCAACAGAAAGUGUACCAGAAGAUGAAGUCCAGACAACCCUGCCAACAUCAACAAUUGUUAAAGGUGAGACAGUUGAAGGAAUUGUUCAGGAACAAACACUCGAGGAAGAGAAAUCAGCAGCAAUAGAUAACAAUAGUGGCAGACCAGAAAAUAAACUUGAGGGAAUGGCUAAUGUUGUUGAGACAAUUGAUCAACAUGAAUCCAUGGCCAAGGUCAGCACUGAAAAUGAAGAACAUGCCAACCGCCAUUCUGAACAGUCUAGCAUGGAGAAUGUAAUUACAAAGCAUAUCAAUUCAGAAGGAAUGGUAACAACAGAAAACAGUACAAAAUCAAGUUAUAAUGUGGAAGAACUGGAAAAGGUUCUAGACUCAAACUCCAUAGAAAAUUCAGAAAUGAAGGAUGGUAGAAAAAUCUUGUCAGAGGAAGCAUCUAAUAUGAAAGAAGCCACUGGUAUGGAGUUACAGAAGCCUGAAAUAGAAAAUGCACCUGAGGAUAAAGCCAUCUCAACUUUGCCUGAGAUAGUUGAGGAAAGCAUUCAAGAAGUAAUACAAAAGGAAGCUGAAUCAGAAGUGAUCGAUACCAAAGAGGAGCAGAGACCAGGAAAUGAUUUUGUAAAGAACAUGGAAGUUCUCGAGGGAUUUGAUUUACACAAAGCGCAAGGCAACACCACUCUGGAAAAUGAAAUGAAAGCAGAAGUCCAGUCUGAAGCAAAGAGCCGGGAGAUCAUUAUCGAGCAUCAAAAUUUGCUGGAGACUGCAGAAAUAAGUCCAAGAAAUGAUACUAAAGAACCUGAAAAGGAACAUAAAGUCACCACAGGUAUCUCUGAAUCAGUAUCUGCAGAUACCACAGAGCAAACAGACACAGGAAAACCGGAAACUCCAGAGGCCGAAAUCACUCAACCAGGCAUCACAAAAGAAGACGAAGCAGGAGACGAAUUCGAAAAAAUAAGCCCAUCAUCUAGUGUGAGUGUGAUAUCCAGAGACUCUCAAGACACCGACACGAAAGUUUCACACAAAAAAUCUCAUGGCAUCCUAUCAGGUGUAGGGUCAAAGGUGAAGCACUCAAUUUCCAAAGUGAAGAAGGCCAUUACAGGCAAGUCUUCACACCCCAAGACACCACCAUCAUCAAAAUAAAAAAAAAGUGACCCAUUAGACAACUACAUACAUGCUGCUUUUGUAAAUAGAUAGAAUACACAGAUGCUUGAGCUUUUUGGAGGGCUUGUUUCUUUUGUUGAGGAAUUGGAUUGAUUUGUUUCAUUGAUGUAUUGCUUGGUUUGUUAUGAAAAUUUAUCUUAAGGGGGGUCUAUUAUUCUCCUAACUCAGUGUAAUGUAUUCAUAUUCUCUUUGUUUUAAUGAAAUUGUUAUAGACAUAAGCACAA